CCGCUCCGCGGUCGAGCGGGCGGCAGCGAUGGCCUUUUCAUCUCUGUUCAGUUGUCCCCGAAUUCGUAGGAGGAAGAAAGAGACCUAAAAACUUUCUGGGACCAGCUGAUUUUAUAGUGUUAUUAACUAUUCAUAAUUAACUAAACCAUUGAACGGCACAAAAAUAUUUAAAAUACUGGAUAAAACCUUGGAUUAGACUAUGUUAAGAUGUUGGCAUGCUUUACUAGUAGAAACAGAUGACCAAAUAGCCCUCCUUAGUAAGCCCAGGAAUAAAGGAGGAAACAGUGAUCUGGCAUCAGCUGGGUUUAACAUUAUUAAUUCAAUCAUAGGAUCAGGCAUUAUAGGAUUGCCAUAUUCAAUGAAGGAAGCUGGUUUUCCUCUAGGAAUACUGCUUUUGUUUGUGGUUGCCUUAAUCACAGAUUAUUCCAUUAUACUACUGAUCAAAGGAGGAAAUCUGUCCAGUACCAAAACCUAUCAAGAGCUGGUCAAAAAAACGUAUGGUCUUGUAGGUUAUGUAAUCCUUUCAAUUCUCCAGUUUUUAUAUCCAUUUAUUGCUAUGAUCAGUUACAACAUAAUAACAGGAGACACUUUAACUAAAGUUUUUCAGAGAAUUCCUGGAGUUGGGGUGGAUAACGUGCUUACCGACCGUCACUUCAUAAUUCUUCUUACCACCAUCAUCUUUACCUUACCUAUAUCUUUAUAUCGAGACAUAGCAAAAUUGGGAAAGGUGUCUCUUCUUUCUCUGAUUCUAACUAUUGUCAUCCUGGUGGUUGUGAUGGUGAGAACAGUAACCUUCAGUCCACAAGUACCCAAAUCAGAAAAUGCAUGGAUAUUUGCAAAACCAAAUGCAGUACAAGCCAUUGGGGUGAUGUCAUUUGCAUUCAUCUGCCAUCAUAACAGCUUUUUAAUAUAUGGGUCUCUGGAAGAACCCACAUUAAAGAAUUGGUCUCAAGUCACACAUAUGUCUGUGGCCCUUGCUCUUAUCAUCAGUGUAGUGUUUGCUGCCAGUGGAUAUAUGACUUUUACAGGAUACACAGAAGGAGAUAUAUUUGAAAACUACUGCAGAGAUGACAACCUUGCUACAUUUGGAAGGUUUUGUUAUGGAGUUACUGUAAUUCUGACCUUCCCCCUUGAAUGUUUUGUGACCAGAGAGGUGAUUGCCAAUGUGUUUUUCCAUGGGAACCUCUCAACUGUUUUCCAUGUUGUUGUGACAGUAGUUAUCAUUGCUGUGGCGACUGGUGUAUCAUUGGUGUAUGAUUGCCUUGGAAUAGUUUUAGAGCUGAAUGGAGUUUUGAGUGCUACCCCCCUUGUUUUUAUCAUCCCAGCAGCGUGUUAUCUAAGGCUGUCCAAGGAGCGGUGGAACCAUUCAGAUAACAUCAUAUCCUGCCUGAUUCUUGUUCUUGGUGUGCUAGUGAUGGCAGUUGGGUUUGUCAUGACUGUCUUGCAUCCCCAGGAAUGUAGCCAUGGGAAAGAAAUGUUCUACUGUUCCCCUAGUAAUGUUUCUUUACACAACAGCACACUUCCACCCUAGGUAGCACACGAACCUCCAGACUAGACUGGGCACAUCUCACUGUGAGCCAUACAUGCCAGUUUAAAGAAGGGUGGAGCAAAGAUUUUUUGUGUUUUGAGAUACACUAACAAUUUUAAACUGUAUCACUGUAUUUACAUACUUGAUUUUAUGCUGCCAUCCUUUUUCAGGUAAGACUUCAGUUUUAACUGUUGAAACACAAAAUCUCAGAGGUGCCUUUCGGUAGACAUUACUUGAAUAACUUGCAAGCCUACCAAAAAGGUUGCAUUUUUUAACUUUAGUCUGAAAUACUGUUUAAAAGUGAUAAAUUAAAUGUUUUGGAAUAUAAA